AAGCUUCCUCCCAGAGGCUCAUGGGAAACAAAUCUGGCUACCGAAGCGGAGGGAGUUUCGAAAUAUUUCGUCAAUAUAUAGGUUUCCUGAAUGUUUCCUGAGUGCACGGUCACAAGGAAGUACUGAUGCUGUGUUUCAGACAUGGAGCUGAAGUUGGAGGUUGUUUUGUCAUCCAGCAUCAAACGGAAGAAACCAUGGCCGCGUUUCUGCUGGCUCGGGCAGGAGAAGGAGUCUGUGUAUCUGUUGGAUGACAAGCGGAUCAGUGAAAUUAACAUGGUGUCUGGUCGUACCAAGAAGAGGACUCCUAAGCUCCAUCCUUUGCUCAGCAGUGUAGUGACAAUGGCAUCAUCCCACAAUGGUAUGUGGCUCUGUGGUCUUUUAGUCUCUGGAGAAGUGUUUCUGUGGAACCGGGAUAAAGAUUUGUUGAAGACUGCUGCAGGAGUGCCAGAAGUAGUUCAGAUAAUUACUUCUGCUCAAGGGAAUUCCACAAGAUUGUCCCUUCAGGUUUCUUGUGAUGGGACACGUGUGCUACUGGUGGCCAUAACUGGGCAGGUUUUCCUGUGGGAGUGUAUAGAUGUGAAGGAUUUGACAGGAUUACGAGACGGCCCAGUCAAGGGACACUGGGCUCUUAUACAGCCUCUAGAAGAUACCAUCCUGCCAUCUUCUCAAGACAAAGAAGCAUCCCAGCAUACCAUCUUUGUUAAGAUGGAGGUCAUGGGUGAUACCUGCUUGUCAGCCUUUGUUUUCACAUCUGGCAAGAAGCUUAUCGUCACCUGCCUUAAAAUUCAAUGGACAGAAGGCCCUGUGAGAUCAGGUUCUGUGGGAUACAGCAUACAGUGGGUCACCAAGACGUACCCCAUGUCUCGUCUCGUCCCACCCUGCCAACCAGUGAAGUCCAGAGGGGCUUUGGUGCCAGCCUUCUCACCAGAUGGGCGACUAUUAGCCAUUGUCCUAAACCAGAGAAAGCCUAAGGCUACACAGGUCCUCUUUGUGAGCAUGCAGAAUUUUGUCUCGAUAUCAAGUGGUCUUGGAGGAUGCGGAAGUAAGAAAUUGGAGAUCCCCUCCAAAUACAUAAGGUCCUAUUGGGUGGGCAAUGUCAGCUGGUCCCCUGGAGGCCUUUUCCUGGCCUGCGUUUUGAAGCGAGGCUCCCUUCUUAUACUGGCUCGCCUUGGGGGCUUACUCACUUUAACAAGUUCUGGUUGCAAUAUUGACUUUGGGCCUGCACACUUCCUACCCCUGCACCCUCUCGUCACUUAUCGUCCACCCAUAUCUACAAGGAAUGGGGAGGCGUCUUUGUCCAGCUCCAGUUUGUCUGUGCGGGAUGUCAUGAGGCAGCGGUAUUCUGUGACCUGGCAUCCACGACUGUUGUAUCUCAUUGUGUCUGAUGGUUACAUGGCCACCGUUAUGAGGGUGUUAGACAGGCCUUCUCCUGUCCUCUUACUGAAAACACUUCUGAAGCACACAAGGAAGGAUCUUGAAAAGGCCAGCCGAAUGCUGGAUGAAUCACAGAGUCACGUAAAGGCAUGGUUGGACUCUGUAUCCUGCUUGAAUCUGGACAGCAGCCUAGAUGCGUUCAACCCCACUGGUACAUUUCGAGCCAACGCCGCAGGCUCUGUCAUUUCAGCAGCCACAAAUGGAUCCACUUUGCCUCCAUUUCUCCUAGACCAGCAGACACUGGGUGGCACAAAGGAGCUUUUUGAAAGCAUACCAGCCGUCUUUGAAGAUGAUUCCGAUCUAGAUGGACUUCCUGGUGGUUCUCAUGUGGAGGAUGCUGGUUGUUUGGAGUUUGCCUCAAUGUUUGACACACUCCAUGCCCUGGACACACACACUGACACUGCAUUUGUUACUGGCCAAGAUUCUGAAACAGACUCUGUUGAAGUGGAGAGGAAGACUCUUCUUCACCGUGAACUUGGGAAGAUCCAGAGUAAACUGUUAACUGCCUGGGCUUUUGGCAUCUCUCUUGGAAAUGCGGUGGAACACAGAGCUCCUGUGCUAAAGCACACCCUCUGCUGUGCAGUGCGAUUUGCUGCUUUACUCCAUUUGAUCCCCAAAUCUGUUAUCCAUACAGGAGAAACAAAUACCUCACCUUUUGCUUGCCUCUUACACCUCAUCAGGGCCCUUUUUUCUUUCCUUUCCUGGGAUAGUGUUCACUCAGAUGGGCCACACUGCGUAGGGCUGAUGGUGGAGUUCACUAAACAGAUAAUAUGCCUUAUUCUGACCCCUCACCCUGACUCCAACCAUACAAGACACGUAUCAUCUGAAAGUCUAUCCAGAGUCAUGCUUGUCUUGCAGCUGGUCUCUGAUUCUCUUGACCACACUUACUGCUUGCAGCAAAUGUCUGACUGGUCCACUGCGGAGAAGGAAUCUCCUUCACAGCCACCACAGCUCUGGCCUUCAGAUGUAUACCACGUGCCUCUGCUACAGGAUGAGAAGGUGGAGAGAUCUAUUUUUGUACCUCAAGCUCGACCUGUUCCUCAGCGACCAUCCAGCAGAUUGCUGGGAGUGUGGCAGCUGGUGUACAGUGUCACCCAGCAGUAUAAAGAAGAACUAAAAAGAUUUAAAGGCUGUGAUGGCUGGGAUGAGGAAGAGCAACAUUUGUCUGCCAUCAUGUCCCAGAUCCAGACAGCUCUGCAGGCUACGGGAGAAAGGUUAGAAGAGGGUCCAGCACUGCUGAGUUACCCAGGUGAACAUCUUUUCUUGUGUGGCUUAUACCCACAAAGUGCAGAUGUGUGGCGGUUACAGAUUUGUCAAGAGAGUAAAAAAAGUUGUGAUCGUAGUGUCUUCCAGCAGACACGGCUUUGUCUGGCUCUCCUGUAUAGUCUGCUAUCACAGUACCAACUGAGAGAAGCCCAGCAGCUGGGGGACCACAUGGCCCAGCUGAUACAGCACAGGGCUCGACAGCAGAAGGACAACAUGACCUCCAACACCUCAUCUUUGACAGAUUCUCUUCCUUGUCCGUGGCUGCCGAUGGACCUUCACAGUGACGCUGCCUUUGCGGUGGUUCAGACCCUGGGGAGAUUCAUGGCCUCUUAUUUCACCAACCAACCGCUCUUCAUCCUGCCUCCUCACAAUGUCGCAGUCCUGCCUCCACUACAUCUACCUCAUGCCCCCGCUGUUGAGCGUUUGGUGCCGCUGUGCCAGGAGGAGGUGGCUCGAGCAGUUCGACAGCAGCAUCUUUCAGAAGUAUGGACAGUGGGCUAUGCUCAGGACCUGCUCUUGCUAGGGGGUCUACUUCCUGAGUCUGUGUGGUUGGCUUAUCAUCUGGGGGACUGGAAGACAGCAGUGUCUCUGAGCCUGGCCUAUACCAGUUAUUGCACCAGCCAUUUCGACUUCACUCGGUUCAGGAGGAGAGAGCUCCACCUGCCAACAGCUUUAGAGCCAGAAAGCAUUUUUCAGGCUGAGUUGGAGUGUUUUCUUGGCAGCAAGACUGACUCCCAGGAUUGCAUAGAUAAAGAUGCUGACAAGAGCUUAUCAGAUCCUUUGGAAGGGGAAGAUUGGGACUUGCUACAAGUCUCCAUACAGGAGAUUCUGAAAGCUUCAGUCAUAGCAGGGGUGAAUGUUUUAUCUUCACCCUUGUCUACCUUGCUGGACAAAGCCAAAGACAUGUGUUCUUCCCUACCUACCUUGGUGCCCAGUGGACUGUAUCUUCCCUCCCCACCUCUCUACUGCCCUCAACCCUCACCCAACACACAGGACCAAAUACAGACAGAGGGGCAGCUUGCAGAGAUUACAUGUCGACACAGAGUCUCUGUGGAUCUCCAAAAAUUAGUGCUGCUCCUGAGAUCUGGUCGGUGUUGCCGUCCGGCUGCUCAGUGGUACAUCAGCUCGCUGCGCCGUGCCAGGCACCUGCUACACAAGAUCAAGAAGAAAUAUUCUUAUCCAUCUGCUGCUGGGGAGGAAAAGGCUUUCCCGGAGGGACUGUUGAAGUUCAUCACUCGUAGUGGAUUUUUCAGACGGGGGCCUAAUAAUGAUGGUCACCUGGACCCUGACAGCAUUCAGACUAUUUUUGUUUUCAGGGAGUUGUGUGCUUUAUGCUGGAUGCUUCAUGUCAGAGACCAGCUUUCAAUAUGCUGCAGGAGGUUUCAGGCUGCUAGAGAGCAUGAUAGAGAUGAACAGAUUUCUGGUGAUUCAGAAGUGAAUUCCACCUGCGUUGAUGCUCUCCUCUGGGCCUGUCGACUUCUGCCUUUCUCUCGCUUCCUCAGUGCAGAUGAAAUUCUUCAGGACUUACUGCUCAGCCUCAUGUCUGAACUACCUCCUCUGUCUCUGGUGGCAGACACACUGGUGCAAGCCUUCCCAGAGGAGAAAGAGUCUGUCAGAGUGCCUUUGAGAGAAAAGUAUUACUCACUCCUGGAGAGGCUGAGGCAGUGCAGUGUGCUUGAACGGGAAAAAGAAGAGGGCAGUGAGCUGAUGGGGAUUCUCAUUCAAGACAAACACAGGCAAAGGAGGAAACAUCUGGCGCGACUGGGGAGGCACUUGGGACCCCUUGUGCUCAAUCUGUGGGAGAAAGAAGAAGAGGAGGAUGAUGGGGAACAUGAGACGGCCACGUUAGGGCAGCUGUCAUUGGGUACAAGCUUGAGCACCAGCACCAUAACUGACUAUGGGCUCCCUUCAGUGCGCAGUGAUGGAGACACAGCGGAGGACACAUCCAGGGCGAUUUCUCCUGAACAGCACUGCAGAGCCUUAACUGGAAUCAAAAUAAAAGAGAAAGUAAGAGAGAGAGAACAUGCAAAGAAGACUGUUAAGAUUGAAAGCGUGAUUCAAGAGGACAGCCACCAAGGCAGUGCCAAGAAAAAAGAGGAGCACUCCCCACCAGUGGUCGGGACCUGGGAGUUUGAGCUGGAGGAUGAGGAGUAUCUGAAUUUCCUGGAGCUCUUCCUCAGCUAUGUGCUAGAGAAGGAUAGUACCAAUGGCGGGGACUCAAGCAGUGAACUUCCUUUGUUGAAGGGAUACUGCUCAGAGCUGAGGAAGAGGGAGUUGCAUUCGCUCACCUUUGACGUGCUCACCACCAUACAUCGUCGUCAAAGAGAUGGGCUCAAUCCAGCGAGAAAACACCCAGGCAAUGACGCACCCGUGUUCAGAGCUGGCUAUUGCUACAGGCCUUUAAAACAGGGUACAACACCUGAACUGCAAACUUCCUCUGUCUGGAGUGAAACCCCUGUAACCAGGUCUAACCUUUCUGUCAUCUCUCAUCCUGGACUGAGAGCAGGGAGGCAAAAAGGUUUGUUUGGCCUCAGACAGCAAAGCAGUGUGCCUUUAGACCAAAGGGUGAUGGGGGGCCUUUCUGGUCAUGAAAACAGGCCUAUUCAAAGUGCCACAGGGCAGCCAUCAGAGAAUUUCAUAUUUGGUCCUUCAGUGUCUGUGGAAGCUGCAACUGAAUUGCAGCAGGGCUUGGAUCCUAAAUUAGAAGCUCAGUUUCCAGAACUGGGCAGGCUGCUGGAGUGGAUGGUACGCUGGGCUGACAAAAGGGUGCUACUGGGACAUCAUACUAGAGUGAAGAAAGAUAAAGGAGGAAAAGUUGGGCGAACAGCAGAUGAAGGAGUAGUGAUUCGUGUCAAAGCCUCAGCACCUGCCAUCCUCACUUCCCUCAGUUUGCUGGAGCGCAGGUGCACUGCUCAACUCGGGACUGACUGCUGUAGUGCCCACAUCCAAGUUCCAGAAAUGCAAUGGACAGUGCUCCCUGUGCGGCAAACUGAGAUGGAAAGAAGGCUAGAGAGAGAGAGCAGUGUUGAUACAGGCUACCCUGGAUCAGCUAACACUCCUGUCACUGGUCUAGAUCAUAAUCUACAGUUGGGAGAACUAUCCAUUGGUUCUCAGACAGAUGAACCAGAAGACCUGACAAAUCAGAAGAGUCCUCUCCCUUCUGUCCAGAAUCAGCUGACCUUUGAUGCUCAACAGAGACCAUCCACUCCACUACAGCCAUCCUUUGAUGACUUAGAUGUUACACCUGAAAAAGACUGCCAAUAUAGUGGCAGUGAGGGCUUGGAUGUGUUAUCUUCCAGUUCCACUGGAAACAGCUGCUCACCUGAAGCAAGUUUAAGGCUUGCAGAUCUAGACUGCUCAGAAAAAGCUGAAGAUAUGUCCUGUUCCGCUUCUCUUGACACUGAAAGCCUACAAGAACCUCCACACCCAGAGCCGCCUGCUCCUGUCACUAUGCAGUCUGAGGCUGCAGUCCAGGCAGAAAUUUCUGAUUCAGCUCACAUGCCUCUGCCCAGCUCAUCUGCAGCUCCUCCAAGCCUUCAACCACAAAGCUCCACAGCUGCUGGACCCACUGCAGAUUCUACAACCCCCAACCAGCCGGCGACUGCCCAGAUUCCACCAAUUAGAGAAAGUCUGGGUGAAGACUUAUUCAGAUUGGUUCAGCAUAUCAACUACAUGAGUCUGAGGGAGGUUUUGGGAGCUACAUUUGCCAACCUACAAUUUGCCCAGCAGAGUGCUUCUUUGACCCACGCAGACAUGAACUCUUCACACCCUAAUGUGCCGCCAUCUUCCACUACCAGAUUCAUCCCUGAACCAAGUGUCUUACCCAGUCAAGCUACUGUCACUGUGGCACAUCCAAUACAAGCAAAUUCAGGAUCCAACAACAGCCAGUUCAGUCAUACCCAUGCGUGCAUGUCUGCAGACCAGCCUGCCAUGCAGAGACCAACAAAAGCUGAUCACUAUGAUAGUAAUAAGAGUCUGCUCUCCAAUACCAGUGGUGUAGGUGUAAAUUUUCAGGAAAUCCAGCCACUCUCUCUCCAGGCAGACUCAGCAGACGUUCAGCUGUUCCAGAACAGGAAGUUAAUCCCCUCCUCCAAGGGGCUUCUCACCACCACAGACACUAGUAACGCUGUUCACAGCACUCCUGUGGUGCAAGCUGCUAAUGACAGCAACCAAAACGACUCUGUUCCCCAGGCUUUGGGCCUGAAGUUACUUCAGCUCCAUCAGCCUCGGUUGCCCCAGCAGAAUGCCCCACAAUAUCCUUUGGCCCAACAACCUCAGAUGCUUCGCACUUUGAAUCCUGCAACCUUAGAAUCUGAUCAGAACAAGUUUAAACACAGUGGCCACGCCACCUUAAAGAAAGAAAGUAGGUCUUCAGUUCCAAAAAGACAGCUGAAUUUUAAUCCUCCACACGAUCCUACUCCCAGGAACUCUCAGACUCAGAUUUGGCCAUCAGAGCAGUCCAGAGGUCAAGAGUUCUCCGUACUCCCUCCUGCUUUUCCAUCUCACACACCUGCAGCAAUGCAGGGUCUUCGCCUGCUGCACGUACAGGCUGCUCCACAAAGCACCUUUGCCUUCCCCAAACUGCCUUCACCUUCCAAACCUUCUCGUGUCAUUGCAGCUCCAAUCAGAGAAGCACCUGCAAUCAAGCUUCUGCAUAUUGUAUCUGAACCAAAAGUGAUGUUACCCUUGGCCAGUCCUUCAGCUCGUCUCUUCUCCAUGGAAGAGUUGACUAGUUUGGUGAUCAAAAGCCAGAAAGCUGAAGAGGCUCGGCUGCAGUUACUUAGAAUAGACCCAUCAGCUGAAACGACUAGAAGGGCUCCCACUUCUUCCACCUCUAUCUCCAGCAAGAGGCAAUCACAUAUUAGGCUGAAGAGGAGAGAGGGAAAGGCAAAAAAAACAGAGGUCACAUUCAGACCAAAUGAGUCUAUCAUCCCUACACAAGAGCCAGCAGAUGUUCCUGUGAGCGAAGAGCCUGCAGCUGCUAAGGAGAUCAUCCCUGAACAGGACAUUACUAUUCCACCUGAGUCCUUUGACUCUUCGCUCACCGGCCAGAGAUUAUUGGACAAGGUAAUGUCCACUUCAGCAGAGCUCCACGCCUUUGCUUCCACAUGUAAACGACCCCCAGUGUGCCAUGAUGCUUUCACCAACACAGAUCCAGGUUAUACUCCCAAACUUGUGGAUAAAGCCGUGUCUGUCCAGACUGGCAGCUCUAUAUCACAAAAUUUGGAGAAUUUCCAGACGUGUACUGAAGUCACUGUCCAGGACACAGAAGAGCCAAGACAGGAAGAAGAGAAGGUGCUGGAUGUGGGUGGUCGCCAGUUCAUAAGUGUCUUGGAUCUAGAGGAAAGGCGGCACCAUCAGGAUCUGCUGCUGUUUCCCAGCCCAGGAGCAGAAGAUGUUCCAUCCAUCCACCCUUCUUCACCUACAUCUGCUCAGCUUCAUGUUCUUGCAACCUCUGUUAUCAGGAGUGCUCCCAUUGCUGCUGAUCCACAACCCUCAGUCAGAAUUCCAGAGGCUCUUCUGAAACCCACGACUCAACAAGAUAUCCCUGAGGAGCCCCCUUUACUCAGGCACAUCGACCCCAGCGGGGUUUCCGAGAAAAACACUCCACAAAACAGCAUUACAGCUGAUCCGUCUGACUCUGAGGUCCUCCUGGCUAUCAAGACUCAGAGCAUCAAACCACACAGAGCGUCCUCCUCACCUCCUACAGUCUGGUUCUCCUCUCGCCUGUCAGAGCUGGAUGCCCAGUUGACUGCUCUACAGAACAUCGCAGAUUCUUUGGAGAAGGACUUCUCACACUCCAGGAUGCUGGUUAACACUAUUGAAAAGGUCGGCCCAGACAAGGCUCCGUGUGCGAAGACCUCCACAGCAGUAAAGAAAACUGUCAGACUCGCUGUCCCUAAGAAAGCGUGGGCACCUGAUGCAGACAUUUUACCUGAACUGAGUGAAUGCCAAGAAGAUGAUGAAAAUCAAGAUGAUUAUGCGGUUGAUUCCAGUCCUGGAAGAAAGACGUCUUUUCAUUAUUCCACUCCUCCUCACGGUCACAGAGCUGGUCCUUCCCACCUUCACAACCCACCAAGAAUGACAGAUCAGUUAAAUGAAACAUACAGGAUACCCCAUGUAUGGGCAGACGAGAAUCUGGGGCAGACUGAGCUAUCCGAUACAGCAGAAAUCUUAGACGAGUUGAUAAAGGAAGGGUAUUUAUCUCCGACUGACUUGGAUUUCUCCACCUCACAGACUGCACGGCAUAGCAGCCGGCAGGACAAGCCACAAAGUAGCUCCAUGUCGCAGACACGUGCGGUUGCAGAGGAUGAGAGGAGAGAGCUGAGGAUGUGGAUGAGAAGGAGACAGAGGGAAAGGCUGGCUGCUUAUCAAAAACACAGAGAGACCCUGAGAGAGAGGGAGCCCAGACCUUUCUCUUCUUCACCAGUGGUGCAGUCGGCAAACAAAAAUAGAGCGACCAACUGGAGAAGCAGAGAGGAGAAAGAAAAGUCCCUGCUUCUUGAGCAAUACAACCAGAGGACCCAUGAGGCGUUUUCUUUGGCCAGUGACUGUCUCACCUCUCCUGCAACCGUAUUGAGUCCUGUGGUGCCGCCCACCUCUGCUCCUCCCUCAGGCAGCGCUCACAGAGCUUCCAGCAAUGCCAAUAAUAAAAGAAAUGUGUCAGGACAAACCCCGCCCAGCCUUCGCCCACAGUUUGCUGAAGUGCAGGUCCGGCCUUCUGAGGAUUACCACAGGAGACUGGGACUACAUCGACCAGUGACUUUUUUGCCAAGGGACCGUCUGUCUCAGGUGACUAGACGUGGGAUGCUCACCGGCAAAAAGAGCCAAAGUAAACUUCCUGCAGCGAGCCAGAGUAAGGAGCGGCAUGUUGGAUACCAGAGAAAGACGGGUCUGAACAGAAGUUCUUCAGAGGGAACUGCAGUAGGAAGAGGAAUCCUGAGGGAGCAGACGAGGAUGGAAGAGGGAGAAGAGAUGGACCAAUCAGAGCUUGAUUGGCUGCAGGACCUACAGGAGUCUAACAUAGCUUUGGCAGGUCUUUUGGAUGAGCAGGGUGAUGAUGCCGGAUCAGGCGUGCCAGAGAUGGACUGGCUGGACAAUCUGUCUGAGGGUGGGAGCAGCAACCUGAGCAAAAUAGACUGGGAAGCUAUUGAGAGGAUAGUGGCUGGAGAGGAAGUCUGAGUGUCUCCAGGAAAGUAGAAGUGGUGACAUGAGGAAACUUAUGUGGCUUGUAUGUUGCUGGAGAAAGGGAUUUUGUGCACCUAUUGCAUAUACUGUAAAUGAAAAGUGUUUUAAACUGAUGAAAAUGAUAUAUUUUAUAAAUUAACAAUGCGCAGCAGUUAUAUUAAAUAUAAUAAAAGUAUAUUUAUUGGUUAAGUUGGCCUAC